CACUGGACAGCGAGAGACAGAGAGGGAACGCACAACACAUUAGAGGCUGAGACCAGGAUUGGCUUGUGCUCAAUCACCGUGUCCGCAUCCACCAGGCCUCUUGGGUCGCAUUCUCAACCACAUCUCCUCUUUCUCUCUCUCUCUCUCUGCCUUCCUUCGUGUGAAAUCUACGCUCCACCAGUGGUUGGCAUCCUUUUUGUCGUACCCAACCACCGUCUUGUGGCUCUCAGUCCCUAAGAUUCAAUUCCCUUUCCUAGAUUCUCUUAUUCCUUGGAAACCCAUUUCAGAGUUUCCUCAGACGCUCCUUCCGGGACCCAUUUCGUUUCUUUUCAUGGAUUUGAUUAUCUGAGACAAGAGGCCGGAUUUCCUGGUGUUGGGCUCCAAUCGUUUUUGCUCUUGUUUAGUUGGGUUCUUUCAGUGAACGUGAAAGUCUGCUCCAAUGGAUGUUGCAAAGGACUUGGCUGCUGGGACUGUUGGAGGAGCAGCACAAUUGAUUGUUGGGCACCCCUUCGACACCAUUAAGGUCAAACUCCAGAGCCAGCCUGCUCCACUCCCAGGCCAAGCUCCCAAGUAUGCAGGUGCAAUGGAUGCUGUCAGGCAAACAAUAGCUGCUGAAGGCCCUAGAGGUUUGUAUAAAGGUAUGGGAGCUCCACUGGCAACUGUGGCUGCCUUCAAUGCCGUUCUCUUCUCUGUGAGGGGACAACUGGAGGGAUUAUUGCGGUCUCAUCCUGGUGCUCCACUUACAGUUAAUCAGCAAGUUGUCUGUGGGGCAGGGGCUGGAGUUGCCGUUUCCAUUUUAGCUUGCCCCACUGAAUUGAUCAAGUGCAGGUUGCAAGCCCAGAGUGCAUUGGCAGAUUCCGGUGCGGCUGGUGUGGCCGUGAAGUAUGGUGGACCAAUGGAUGUAGCCAGGCAUGUUCUCAGAUCAGAAGGGGGUGUAAGGGGUCUCUUCAAGGGAUUGUUUCCCACUAUGGCACGUGAGGUUCCCGGAAAUGCUGCAAUGUUUGGUGUGUAUGAAGCUCUGAAGCAGUACCUAGCAGGUGGCCAAGACACUUCUGGAUUAGGAAGAGGCUCUUUGAUUGUGGCUGGAGGCUUGGCCGGAGGUUCCUUCUGGCUUUCAGUCUAUCCAACUGAUGUUAUCAAAAGUGUAAUUCAGGUAGAUGAUUACAAAAAUCCCAAGUUCUCUGGCUCCAUUGAUGCCUUUAGAAAGAUCCUGGCUUCGGAGGGAGUAAAAGGGCUGUACAGGGGCUUUGGACCUGCCAUGGCCCGAAGUGUUCCUGCAAAUGCUGCAUGCUUCUUGGCAUAUGAGGUGACAAGGUCAAGUCUGGGAUAGUUGCUUCUUUGGGUUUUAGUGGUUAAGGAUUUGGUUGAAUUAAAGCAAAAUGAUUCUGAAUAAACCUGUUUAAUUAAGAGAUUGUUUUGCAAUGCCGGCAAGCUCGUUCUACUCUGUAAUUCACUUGGUUGCUGGGGAAGGAACAUUUUUUCACCGAUUGAUAUAUAAAGGCACCAGCUGCUCCUCAACUUUGCCUUUUCA